UACAAAUCAGUUAGUGUUCAUUCAGUAUCGCCUUCUGUCCUUUCCGUCGCCGGUUGGUCUUUUAUUUGUGUGUGUGUCUGUGUGUGUAUAUAUUGUGUUUUUUUUUUAUUUGAAGGUAAAAUAAAGACAAACUCUUUUUUAAUAAACAUCAUUCAAUUGCCUUAAAUUAUACGAGUCAUAUCGACAUUCACAUCCAUACCCUAAACUCAUUCAGAUAUACACACACACACACACACCGCCACUAACAUUCACAUUUUCCCAUUCAUUUUGUAGCCAUACAAAACACAUUAGCACUAUCAGUGAUUGUUAAAUUUAAAAAAUUUCCGCUCAUAUUUCGUUCCAAAUUUUUCUUCUUGAUUUAUAGUUUAAAAUAUACCGAUUGAAUAAUUCAAAAUGCCAUUCGACGCUACAUCAUUUGCCAAGGAUUUUAUUGCCGGUGGUGUUUCGGCCGCUAUCUCAAAAACUGCAGUAGCCCCAAUCGAACGUGUUAAGCUUUUGCUUCAAGUUCAACAUGCAUCCAAGCAAAUCACUGAAGAGCAACGUUAUAAAGGUAUCAUUGAUGCUUUCGUUCGAAUCCCAAAAGAACAAGGAUUCCUUUCACUGUGGAGAGGCAACUUGGCCAACGUCAUUCGAUAUUUCCCCACACAAGCUUUGAACUUUGCGUUCAAGGAUAAAUUCAAGCAAAUGUUCUUGGAUGGUGUCGAUAAGAAAAAACAAUUCUGGCGAUAUUUUGCCGGCAAUUUAGCUUCUGGUGGUGCAGCUGGCGCUUCUUCACUUUGCUUUGUAUAUCCACUUGACUUUGCUCGUACUCGUCUUGCUGCCGAUAUCGGCAAGGGACCAAACGAACGACAAUUCAAAGGUCUUGGCGAUUGUCUCAUCAAAGUCUUCAAAAGUGAUGGUUUGAUUGGUUUAUAUCGAGGAUUCGGCGUCUCUGUUCAAGGUAUCAUUAUCUACCGAGCUGCAUACUUCGGUUUCUUCGAUACUGCUAAAGGAAUGUUGCCAGAUCCGAAGAACACACCAAUCGUUAUUUCCUGGAUGAUUGCUCAGGCUGUAACAACCGUUUCUGGUAUUAUUUCCUAUCCAUUCGAUACUGUACGACGACGUAUGAUGAUGCAAUCAGGUCUUUCGGCUAAAGAAAGAAUGUACAAAAAUACUGCUCACUGUUGGGUGACAAUUGCCAAAACUGAAGGCUCAAAAGCUUUCUUCAAAGGCGCUUUGUCAAACGUUUUCCGUGGUACGGGUGGUGCAUUCGUCCUUGUGCUUUAUGAUGAAAUCAAAGCUCUUAUUGUCUAAAAUCAACUGGAUGGAUUGGUCUGUAUGGAAUCGUGGGCAAAUGUUUAAUUUUGUGCGAAAAUAGUGAACAACCUGUUUAGUUUUUUUAAAGAAAGAUUCAUUUAGGAACACCAUCUCUAUAAUUUCCUCAUUUAAAUUAUUUUAAAUUUUAAUAAAUUCCGAAAAAAAUAUACAAAUAAAAAUUAUCUAAAACGUUCGAAA